ACCAAUCGUAGCCCAUAUUGGCAACAGCGUACCUGCCAUAAGUACAUGUUCUGCGUUAUACGGGGACUACUGCUUGUGAUUUUUAACACCAUUUGGGUCCUGCACUGAUAUCUAGCCAUCACCUAUAGAAAUGGAUGACUUGGAUGCAUUGUUAGCUGAUCUGCAGACAGCAACCUCACACCUGCAGCCCAAACAACCACCACCACCACUGCAGCAGCAAACACCGACUGUAGCCGAGUCAAUUCCUAGCAGUAGCUACCAAUCAAGACAUCCACCACAGCAACAGGUGACUACAACAGUAACAACUCAUUAUCAUAGCAACAACCAUUCACCAUCAUCCCCACCGUCAUCAUCGUUACCAUCAAACAUUUCAUCACAUAACGGAGCCACUCAGGUAUAUAAUCCAUCUCCUGGACAUCCUUCAUAUCAGGAUCAGCAUUACCAAACAGAGCAUUAUCAACAGCAUUAUCAGCAAGAACCUCAAUACCAGCCUAGUUAUCAACGUAACCAAGUAUAUCAAGAACCAAUAUAUCAACCAACUAAUCCUCAACCACCUACACCACAGCAUACUAGCACUCCUAAGCCAUCAACCAAUCCAAACUACCUACCCACGUCAUCACCUCAGCAUACUAGCACUCCUAAGCCAGGAGUUAAAUUGAACUACCAACCGUCACCGAGUAUGACAAGUUCAAUGAAUCAUAAUUUGUCUGAGUUGGAUAGCUUACUGGAAGACCUGCAAGCAGCUCAGUACACAUCACAGCUUCCUCAAGAUGAUAAUACAAAUUACUCGUACACAACAACAACUACUACUACUACUACAAAGAAGGCUCCACCAGUGGUAGCUCCUAAACCAAAGAAAUCCAAUGGUAAUCAACCAGUAUCACCUACAUCACCAACACAUGAUGUACUGGAUGCCGGCCAUGGAUCUUCUCCUGGCCAGCCAUAUGAUACAGGUAGAACAGUGGUUACAAUGACUCAGACCCACCACCAUCCAGUGCAACACCAGCAGUCACAACCUGUACAUGCACAACCUAUAGUACAGAAUCAAGCUCCACGUGCAAGUGCAUCCAAUGCAACCAAAGAAUUAGAUGAUUUAAUGGCUUCCCUGUCUGACUUUAAGAUGAGUUCAUCAUUACAAACAUCACCUCAGCAUAGUGUAGUCAGCCCCGAUUCCUCCUACGCUACACCACAAAAACAGUCAACUAAGUCACCAGCUGUAGCUACUGUACAACAAGUUGAACCUAGGGGAAGUCAGCUGGAUUCCAUGCUUGGACAUUUACAGACUGAUAUGAACAGACAUGGUGUUCAGACUGUGCCAAAGGGACACUGUGCUGCCUGCAACAAGCCUAUUGUUGGACAGCUUGUCACUGCACUUGGUAAAACCUGGCAUCCAGAACACUUUACUUGUUCUCACUGUCAGACUGAAUUAGGAACUCAGAACUUUUUUGAGAGGGAUGGCCAACCAUUCUGUGAUAAGGAUUAUCACAAUCUGUUCUCUCCACGCUGUGCAUAUUGCCAUGGACCCAUCCUUGAAAAAUGUGUAACUGCUUUGGACAAAACUUGGCAUCCAGAGCAUUUUUUCUGUGCACAGUGUGGUCGCCACUUUGCUGACGAAGGCUUUCACGAGAAGGAUGGUAAAGCAUUCUGCCGUGAUGAUUACUUUGAUAUGUUUGCACCAAAAUGCGCUGGAUGUAAUCGAGCCAUCAUGGAAAAUUAUAUCUCUGCUUUGAAUGUUCAAUGGCAUCCUGAAUGUUUUGUCUGCACGGAAUGUCGUACUCCAUUCAACGGAGGUAGCUUCUUUGACCAUGAGGGUCAUCCCUAUUGUGAAAUCCACUACCAUGCCAUACGUGGGUCGCUGUGUUCUGGUUGUAAUAAACCAAUCACAGGUCGUUGCAUCACUGCUAUGCAGAAGAAAUUCCAUCCUGAGCAUUUUGUGUGUGCAUUUUGUCUAAAACAGCUGAAUAAAGGUACUUUUAAGGAACAGAAUGACAAACCAUAUUGCCAUCCUUGCUUUGUCAAGCUAUUUGGCUAAACUUCAAUCUUUACCACUAGAGGGCGCUGUAAACAUAGUACUUGUGUCAAGGAAACAUUAAAGGGGAAGUCGUGGCAAACAACAUAAUGUAAGAGCUCUACAAAUGUAAGAGAAUGCAAUUUGCAUUUUCUUACGUUUUCCAAGCUCUUUCAUCUGGGAGUAUUAUUUUGUUAGCCUUGACUUUUUCUUUAAGUAGCAUCUAACACCACCAAAAAAUUAACACCUUGUUUAUAGAUGGUCAAUAGAAUAAUUUUUUUUUUUAAAUAAGGGAUUUUUUUUUUAGAUCUCAAAAUCUCUUA